GUGCUAUUGAAUGUUUAGAAGUUCAGCAAGUAAGGAGUGUUAAUGUUUUGAAAGUGAAAGAGAUGACAAAAAGAUUAUUAAAUGGGCUUACAAAAAUAGCAGGAUUAGAAUAUAAAAAAGGAAGAG